AUGGAACAGAGAUCAGUCAAGAUUCAAAUUCUCUACCGAAUGUAUUUAGGCUCCAUGAACUUUCUAAAUCUGAUGAUGAAAAAAAUUCAAAGAUCUAAGUUUGUAUUAAUUUCAUUAAUAUGCGUAAUCUUAAUACUUCGCUCCCAUGAACCUGAUUUUCGAUAUUUGGAAACUGUUAGUGAAAUGUUGGGCAUUGUGAUAGGUGAACCGAUAAAUGCUUCAUUUCCCAUUACAUUCUAUCAAUCGGCAUACGUUGAUUACCGAUUCACUCCGCCACGUCUUCGCAUUUUUACACUAAACCCAUGCCUAAAAAAUUAUCAAUUUUUGUCAGCCGAUCUACAUUUCAAUGGAAAUAAUUCUGCACCAGUCAGAAAAAAUAUUUAUGGAAAACAUCUAGAUGAUGAUUGUCCAUCGGCUCUUAUCAAAAAAGUACCGUGCGUCUAUAACCCCUAUAUAUUUUCAUCCAGUUUGAAAGGAAAUCACGAUUUAAAAAAAGUUACCAUUCAUUUUGGCAGUAGGAAAGUAGAACUGAAUGUUCAAAAAGUUUAUAAAAAAUCAACAGAAGGGAUUACUGUAUGUCUCCAACCAGUGUACUACUACUCUCAAUGGCAAAAUAUUGAACUGUAUAUUGAAGCAUGGAGAGCUCAAGGAGCCACUCGUUUUAUUGUAUACUUUCAUUCGGCAACAAAAGAAACUUGGAAGACGUUGGAGUAUUACAGAGACCUGGGAAUGAUUGAAAUAAAAUCCUGGCCUAGUUUCCCAAGUUUACCAAUUGAUAUCGCUGAUAAAUAUCCAAAAAUUGAUGAUAGCGUUUUUAUACUUUCAUAUUUUCUGGCUAUGAAUAUUUGUAUUCUUGAUAUAAAAACUACAAUUGGAACUAUUGCUGAUUUUGAUGAGGUCAUGGUUCCAACGAAUGGUAGACUUCUCGAUUAUGCGACCAAAGAAAUGACGGGUACAAAAGUUGGAGCUCUGUCCUUUGGGAAUUAUUACGUAUUGUUUACUCCGAAAAUAUAUACAUCUCAUUUCUCUGGAGUGGCAUCACCGAAAUUUAAGAUUUUAACUUGGCCAUCCAAAGUAGGAAAGAAAACAUUAGGUUUUGAAAUAAUAAGAGAUUUCACUCAGUAUCUUUUCAAUGCAUCUGCUAUCCAUAUAGCACAAGUUCAUUGGCCAGACAAAACAUGUCUUUCACUCGUUGAUUGCUAUGUUUUUCGCCAAAAUAGGUGA